AUGAAUCAAGUGAAGUUCGUAGCAAUAGUCGUUGCUCUCAUUUCGACAAUCUCAGCCAUCUCCCUCCCAGCCAAAUCCCUUUCUCAACGAGCCAAAUUCUGUGUGCCAAACAACAGCUCAUCUUCCUCCAUCAAUGGCCCCUUCUCCCUCACAGCAGCCGACACUAUCAAAGACACGCAUUCAACCAAGCCAACACACUUCAUGUACUUCCCUCCUCCAUCAUCUGCUGCCACCGCUGGCAACGGUGAUGUACUUGUCCUCUCCAAAACACACUACAAAACCGACUUCAGCUUGACGAACGGCAAACUCAUAACCCCAAAUGGCAUGUCUUGCUUAAUCUACUUCGAAGAUCAACCACAGGGAACACCUGUCGUCUGUGGCGCAUUCCAGAAUCCAAAGUCAAUGGCGAGAAAUCAGACUUGGAGGGCUGAGGAUCAGUGUCUCUUCAACAUUCUAACCAAAGUGCUGGUUCCUGUCUUCAAUGGUGUUGUAUAUCGUGAACCUCUACAAAUUCGUCGAUCUGAGCCUGACAAGCUUCUUGAUUACUGUGGAAAAGGGUGCGACAAUACUUAUGAGCAUUAUCCCGCGGCAUUGAUAGUUGAACCAGCCUAG